AUGGAGUAUCCAAAUAAAAAAGCCGAAGAACUCCAUUCGGAUGGUGAAGAAGGAAAUGUCUUGGUAGUGUCAUCUGUCUUAGAAAAUAGAGAAAAGUUAAAACGAUCAAUAAGAUGGUUAGAUGCAUUUUGGGUAUCAAGUGGUGUACCUGCACUUGUCCUAUUUUCUAUUGGCGCUAUUACUGCAACUGUUGGAAAUCCAUCUUGGUUCGUUUGGACAAGUUCGAUCAUUAUUGGUUUUUUACAAUCAUUUGUUUAUGCAGAAAUUGCUGGACUAUUUCCAAAUAAGUCCGGCGGUGCAUCUAUCUAUGGUGCUAUUGCUUGGGUACGAUAUGGAAAGAUCUUAGCACCUAUAUCUGUUUGGUGCAAUUGGUUUGCUUGGUCACCGGUAUUAGCAAUCGGAACUGGAUUAAGUGCUGGAUACAUUCUCAGUAUGUUUAAUUCUAAUGCAUUAAUAAAUACAUGGAAAUUUAAAAUUGUUAGUCUUCAUUUUAUAAAAACAGAUCUUUCAUUAAGGAUUGAUUCAACUUUUGUUAUUGGAGCAAUAUUAAUGUUAAUAGUGUUUGGUAUACAACAUCGAGGAAUUCUUUCAGCUGCAAGGAUUCAAAUGAUCUUUGCUAUCUGUUCAUUACUACCAUUGAUUAUCUUAGGUAUAGUUCCACUUUUUAUGGGUAAAUUUCAUAGUAAACAUUUUAUUCCAUUCGUUCCACUUAUGCGUGAUGCAACAAAUAAUGUGACUAGUGGAAGUUGGGAUAGAGCAGGUAUAACGUUAUUUGCUGGUGGAAUGUUCAUUGCUGCUUGGUCAACGUAUGGUUUUGAGACAGCUGUCUGUUAUACAAGUGAAUUCAAAAAUCCUGGAUCCGAUACAUUCAAAGCGAUAUUAUCUUCAGGUUUAUUAUGUUUAUUCGUCUUCACUCUAAUUCCAAUUACAUUUCAAGGAACACUUGGUCUUAAGAGAAUGUUAGAACCUGAUAUCUAUAAUGGAAUGGGAGUUGCCAAAGCAAUGGCUGACAUGAUCGGAGCCGGAAAUAUAAUGAUCAAUAUUGUAGUUGUAUUAUUAUUAUUAUCGCUUUUACUCUCGAUUAUGACUGCUAUGGCAGGAUCAUCACGUACACUUUAUCAAGGUUCAAUUGAUGGUUGGCUUCCAAAGUUUUUAUCUCAUAUCAAUCAAUAUGGUGCACCGACAUCUGCAAUGUGGACUGAUCUCAGUUUCAAUUUAAUCCUCUUGUUAAUGUCUGACUAUGUAUUUAUUUUGGCAUCAUCAAAUGUUGGAUAUAUUAUAUUUAUCUUUAUGAACUUGAAUGCUGUAUGGAUUCAUAGAAUGGAUCGUCCACAAUGGAAAAGACCAUUUAAGGCGCCUGCUUGGUUACUUUUAAUUAGUGUCAUACUUAGCUAUGUAAAUCUUGUCUUUCUUGGAAUGGGAUCAGACAUAUGGGGAACUGGAACACUUCUUACAGGUUUAAUAUUUAGUUCCUUAGUCAUUCCAGUCUUUCUUUUUCGUCAUUAUAUUCAAGAUAAAGGUACUUUUCCUCUUUCAGCAACUGGCGACAACAAUCUCGAUGAUAACAAAACUGUAACAAACCAUGCUAGUAUACUUCCGUAUCUUGCCCUUGGGAUGGGUAUCGUGGUCGUUUUUGUUUCGCGUCUUCUUGCCAAGUAUUAA